UCGUGUCCGAGACUCCAAAUUUGGCAAAGCGCUGGUAAUCAAAAGUAACGAACGCAGUGGGAAUUUUAUUCUUGGAUUUAAAGUCGACCCUGAAGAAAAGCUGAUAACUCUUUACAAAGAACUCACAUCACUGCAUACGGUGUUAUUUAACAAUCCAAUAUAUGGCGUCGAGUAUAUGUGGAGCACAAACAUAAAGGAAAAUGACGAAAAAGGCGACAUAUGGGAAGGUUUAGAUAUAGUAGAGGACCCGAAAAAUGAAAUUGGAAACACCUUAGCAGUCUACCUAGCGGACGAAGGACAUAAAAAAGAUAGACUUCCAGUAUAUUCAAAGGAAUUGGGACUUGCUAUUGAAUCGAUUAAAGAAGGCUACACGUUGAAAAAACUUUGGGAAGUUAUUCCUUCAAAUUAAUAUUAUUAACAUAAUCCCAGACACUUAUAUAUUACACAUCAUUCUUUAGCAAGUCACCUUUAAAGUUGAGGUAGAUUAGGCACCUUUCCAAGGUACACUAAUGUCACGAAUUAUCAAGAUUUGUCAAGCGCCUUCAGCACAUAAUGUAUUUGAAUAACAUAUUAUUAAAAACCAUUAAAUGCACACAGUUUUAUUUUAAAAGAAACUUGCAGCUGAGCGCAUGUAGACCUAAUUUUUUAGACUGUUCAGCCAAUGCCCAACUGGAUAAGACUAUUGCAGAUAGAUAUAUGUGUUUGCCUAUACCAGAUACUAAAACGCAAAUUUCCUACGUAUGGAUCGAUGGAACGGGUCUGGAUCUACGUAUGCGGACUCGGACACUGAGUUUUACACCCUGUAAUUACAAAGAUUGCCCCAAUUGGAGUUUUGAUGGAAGCAGUACAUUUUUUAGUACCCCUGAACAGUCGGAUAAUUACAUUGUUCCGAUUGCCAUGUAUGCAGACCCUUUCCGAAGAGGCAAUAACAAGAUGGUUCUUUGCGAAACGUUUUCUCAUGAUAAAAAACCGACAAAAACCAAUCAUCGACAAUGCUGCAUUGAAGUAUUGAACAAAGUGUGUGAGCAAGAGGUGAUGUUUGGCUUUGAACAAGAGUUUUAUCUCAUCGGCCCUCAAGGGGACCCAUACGGAUGGCCGUGUGGAUCGACUCCUAAAUCAUCUGGUAAAAACUAUUCUGGCAUUGGUUCACAACGCGUAGUGGGGCGCGAAGUCCUAGAAUGCAUUUACCGGUGCUGUUUAUACUCAGGAAUUGAAAUUUAUGGAACUACCGCUGAGAGAGCUUACGGCCAAUGGGAGGUGUUAACUGGGCCAACGUUAAGUAUCAAAGCUGCAGAUGAUCUUUGGAUGGCCAGAUAUAUAAUCCAGCGAGUGGCGGAAGAGUUUGGAUUAUCAGCUAGCUUUAAAGCAAACUUAGUUAAGAACGGAGUUCCGUCAGGUUUGCAUACUAAUAUGUCUACAAAGUGCACUAGAGACGAUGGUGGUUUGAAACACAUCCAGGAUUAUAUUUGCAAAUUGGAGAAAAAUCACAAAACAGACCAGAAAUAUUAUGACUGCAGUGAAGGAAAGCAUUUGAAGGAGCGACUAACCGGUCGUCACCACACAUGUAACAUAGAAAAAUUCAAAUCUGGAGUUGGUGACAGAACUGCUUGUAUCCGAAUAUCUCCGGCCGUUGCCGAUAAAAAGAAAGGUUUCUUCGAAGAUCGACGACCAUGUAGUUGCGCCGAUCCAUACAAUAUAAUUACAGCCUUAGUUAACACUUGUCUUGGUUAGGCAAAUUAAUGCAAACCCAUUGUAAUCCGUUCAGAAAAUACAUAAAUUGUCUUCCUGAAAUUCCCUGCCACUUCAGUUAGAAAAGAGACUUUUGAAUGUGGAUAUGUUCUUAGUAGCUGAAAUUAAUAAUAAACUUUCAUCCUGAGA